UCGCUCGCUCUCUCCCAUCCCCCCAAGCCAGUCGCUCUGCUGCGCAGCUCCCUUAGCGGUAGCCUCCACCGGAGACGGUUAGGAGGACCGUUGUGGAAGAGCGCUGCUCGAGGCGAGCGACUGCUUCCUCUCGGCAGGACCCCGCGAGCACCGGCGUCGGCGCUGCUGUCGCUCGACAGGGUAUCUGAAGUAAAAGGGGCAUUUAAUCAAACGGUAUUGAGAUGGAUUGGGUUAUGAAACAUAAUGGUCCAAAUGACGCUAGUGAUGGGACAGUACGACUUCGUGGACUGCCAUUUGGUUGCAGCAAAGAGGAAAUAGUUCAGUUCUUUCAAGGGUUGGAAAUCGUGCCAAAUGGGAUAACAUUGACGAUGGACUACCAGGGGAGAAGCACAGGGGAGGCCUUCGUGCAGUUUGCUUCAAAGGAGAUAGCAGAAAAUGCUCUGGGGAAACACAAGGAAAGAAUAGGGCACAGGUAUAUUGAGAUCUUCAGAAGUAGCAGGAGUGAAAUCAAAGGAUUUUAUGAUCCACCAAGAAGAUUGCUGGGCCAGCGACCAGGACCAUAUGAUAGACCAAUAGGAGGAAGAGGGGGUUAUUAUGGAGCUGGGCGUGGAAGUAUGUAUGACAGAAUGCGGCGAGGAGGUGAUGGAUAUGAUGGUGGUUAUGGAGGUUUUGAUGACUAUGGUGGCUAUAAUAAUUAUGGCUAUGGAAAUGAUGGCUUUGAUGACAGAAUGAGAGAUGGAAGAGGUAUGGGAGGACAUGGCUAUGGUGGAGCUGGUGAUGCAAGUUCAGGUUUUCAUGGUGGUCAUUUUGUACAUAUGAGAGGAUUGCCGUUUCGUGCAACUGAAAAUGACAUUGCUAAUUUCUUCUCACCACUAAAUCCAAUACGAGUGCAUAUUGAUAUUGGAGCUGAUGGCAGAGCAACAGGAGAAGCAGAUGUAGAGUUUGUGACACAUGAAGAUGCAGUAGCUGCCAUGUCUAAAGAUAAGAAUAACAUGCAACAUCGGUACAUUGAACUCUUCUUGAAUUCCACUCCUGGAGGCGGCUCAGGAAUGGGAGGUUCUGGAAUGGGAGGCUACGGCAGAGAUGGAAUGGAUAAUCAGGGUGGUUAUGGAUCUGUUGGAAGAAUGGGAAUGGGGAACAAUUACAGUGGAGGAUAUGGGACCCCUGAUGGCCUGGGUGGUUAUGGUCGUGGUGGUGGAGGCAGUGGAGGUUACUAUGGGCAAGGUGGCAUGAGUGGAGGUGGAUGGCGUGGGAUGUAUUAGAGCAUAACCACCAACAUAAUAGUCCUGACAACAGCAUCUGGUCUACUAGACUUUCUUACAGAUUUAAUUUCUUUUGUAUUUUAAGAUCUUUAUAAUGACUGAAGGAAUGUGUUUUCAAAAUAUUAUUUGGUAAAGCAACAGAUUGUGAUGGGAAAAUCUGUUUUCUGUAGGUUUUAUUUGUUGCAUACUUUGACUUAAAAAUAAAUUUUUAUAUUCAAACCACUGAUGUUGAUACUUUUUAUAUACUAGUUACUCCUAAGGAUGUGCUGCUUUCAUAAGAUUUGGGUUGGUGUAUUUUAUUAUUAGCUCUACCAGAAGUAUUACAAUGUAAUUUUAGAGGACAGUGGUUCACUUCUGCAUAAGCUGCAAGUCUUAAGGAGACACCUGGAAUAGAGCUUGGAAAAUAGUGUAACUCUCAUUUCUCCUGGACAAUACUGUAAAUAUAUAAUACCUAAAGAUGGUUUUAGAUGGUUUCAGGAGUAUAAAUUCUGCUAAUUCUAUAUUAGUCUUUUUCAAAUGUCACUUGUCAGGCAUAGCUCUGAAAUGUUAAUGAUCUAAGAAAGAGGUACAUAAAUUUCUGAAUAUUCAUAAUUGUGUUACCCAAGGGUGGGAGUGUUGGAAGUUAAAAUUCUAGCCCUAGAUUUUAGAAUAAAAUCUCCUUGGCACUUAACUGAAGUACCAAAAAAAUGUUUCCAAAAUGAUGGAAGUUAUCUCAAAAAUGUCUUGACUAGGUUAAGGUUCUAAGUGACAUGAGAAUUCAGUACAAAGGUAUUAACUAUGGAGUAUAUAAUUCUCACAGAUGUAUUUUCAGUUUAAGCCCAAUAAUUAAAGCAUAUGUUUGGUUUUUUUAAAUAACUGUAUAAAUACCUUUAAAAACGUAAGAGACAAGUCCAUGUUGUAGUCUUAAUUAAAAUGAAAGUCCUACAGUUGGAUUUUGUAUCUGAUAUCUGUAUGGAGUUUUAGGGCCAUUGUGUUAAAAUACUAUAUGUAGCAAGGAAAAGGUGCUUUUUACUUUUAAUCCCUUUGAUCAAUAUGGCUUUUUUCCAGAUUGGCUAAUGGAUCAAAGUGAAACCUGUUAAUGUGAAUUCAGUUAUUGAACUUGUUACUUGUUUUUGCUAGAAAUGUUAAUGUAAUAAAUAUCAUUGUGGGAGAUAAUA